CCUUCUGGCCCAAGGAGGCACGUGCGCAAGUGCGCCGGGGCCUGGAGCCGCCGUUCCGCGGCGCUGGCCGCCGCCGGCAUGCUCCGCUCGGGCCCGCGUGCCAUGUCCGUGGCGUGCCGGCGUUCGGCGGAGUGCAGCGCGGCGCUGAGGCCGCGGUGGGCGCAAGUUGCGCCCAGCAGGGCCCUGUGCGUGGGGCGCGCGGCGCUGAGACAGCAGGUGGUGGUGCCAGAGAGCCACGGCGGCAGCGGGCCGCAGGGCGCCGCUGCCUCUGCCAGAGACACGCCAGAGGAGCGCCCCUCGCAGGGGCUGUCGCCGGGAGUGCGGACAUUCCUGCUGUGGGCAACGCUGGGCCUUGGCAGCGCCUUCGCAUGGGACCAACUGUCCGGUGCGGAAUGA